CUCCUGUCCCGAAUGACGUUGGGCAACAAAGAUGGCGGCGGGGACCAGCAAUUACUGGGAAGAUCUCAGGAAACAAGCUCGACAGCUGGAAAAUGAACUUGACCUGAAACUAGUUUCCUUCAGUAAACUGUGCACAAGUUACAGUCACAGCAGCGCCCGAGAUGGAGGACGCGAUAGGUAUAGUUCUGACACAACACCCCUAUUAAAUGGAUCAAGUCAAGACAGAAUGUUUGAGACAAUGGCAAUUGAAAUUGAACAGCUUUUGGCAAGGCUUACAGGGGUAAAUGAUAAAAUGGCAGAGUAUACCAACAGUGCAGGGGUCCCCUCAUUGAAUGCAGCACUGAUGCACACGUUGCAGCGACAUAGAGACAUUCUACAGGAUUAUACACAUGAAUUCCAUAAAACCAAAGCAAACUUUAUGGCAAUACGGGAAAGGGAAAAUCUCAUGGGAUCAGUACGAAAAGAUAUUGAGUCAUAUAAAAGCGGGUCUGGAGUAAACAACAGGAGAACUGAACUGUUUUUGAAAGAACAUGACCACCUUCGAAACUCUGAUCGUCUGAUAGAAGAAACAAUACGUUUUCCUGCUGUAAACAGCCUGAUACAAAGGAUCAACCUUAGGAAGCGACGGGACUCGCUCAUCCUUGGAGGGGUCAUCGGCAUCUGUACCAUUCUGUUGCUGCUGUAUGCGUUCCACUGAAAGGACAGCCCCAGGACUCUGCCCACCGCCUUCAUGCCCUGAUCUGGAGUGGGGAAAUGAGGAAGGAGAAAACUGCCCUGGCUAUGAGCCUGGUAGCCAGAUGAAUUCUAAACUGCACCCAUGACUCGGACCUGGUCAGACUGAGCUGAAGCCACAGUUUUCCUGUGCUAUCUUUUCUAAUACACAUUACUCUGUUUUUUAAUUUUAAAAACAACAAAAGGUUUUCAGUCGCUUGUGUCUCCCUAGGAGGUAAGCAAGCAGAGGCCGAGAACCUGGGCUUCAGUGACUGGUGAAGCCUGAUGACCAGCAGGCCUCAUAGCUGGACUCCUCACAGUACCAGGCUCUCCACAUCCAAAGAUGGCUUUGCUUUCAGCCACGAGAUUGGGUGUGAAUAAAAAUAAUUCUUGUCCUUUUAUUUAACACUUGUGAUGAGAAGUCAGCUGUCCUUUGCUGAUACUCGGUGAUCUAGAUUCUCCUCUGUGUCCCUAAUUCUUGGUAGUCAAGAAAAAUUCCAUUUUGCGACAAUUUUGUCAGAUGCUGAUAGACCAGCUUCAUCACAUGUGAGGUUGUCUGAAAUGGAAAGCUCUGUAGAAAGGGUGUGUCUUUUCUGUUUCAGUUGUGAGCACUAGGUCAGCUGUGCGGCUGGAAACGUCAAGAAUGCAGAUCUUGCACUGAGGAGCUGGACAUUGCUCAUUAGUUCUCCCAUUGGGUUAGUAUAUGCUUCUACGUGGUAAAAUCACAUUACCACUGGACAGACAAACAGCCAGUGUCUGUCAUUGCCCUCAGUGGUCCCUCAUCCUGUGAAGAUUAAUAUUAGGAACUGAGGGAGGGGACUGUGGCUCUCAGUGAGAUCUGCUCACGAGCCACAUGUGAGAAGACACUGAAGGGUGGCUCUCCAUGUCAUUCCAUAUGACAGUGCUCUUCAUCCUGGAUCAAAGGCUUUAUUACUGUAGCCUGAUUCGAAGGAACUCUGCCCUGUGAGGACCUAUCAUUCCUCAUCUGUUAGGCUCUACACCCCCAAGCCAUGGUCCCACCAUUGAAGGUGCCUGUGACUCCUUUCCACCUAUUUAUUGCUAUGGACAGUGACAGAGAUUAAGUGCUUUUCUAGGUUAGCCAUUUCUUAGCAUCUGAAUUUGAUAAUUUGUCUUACUGAGCUAACAGAUAUUUUAAAGACAUCCAGCGUUUUUGCUCACCGAGAGAGAUGGCUGCUAGUCCCCGCUGGCACAUCCUCUGGCACCACAGGCAAUGAGAGGGUGUUAGGGUGGAGCUCUUCACCACCUCAUGGUGUGGGGAUGGUGCCGCUGGGCGGACUUGAUACACUUAAUGCUCAUGGAUAGACUGACAUCGGUCUGGGACUGACUGAGAGGUUUGUCUUCUGGUGUUGAAGUGUUAGUACAUUCUGGGUAUGAAAGGCAUUCGAUAUAUUUUUCUUAAUUAUGGGGUUUAUUUUUCUAAAUAUGGGUUAAUCAGCUUGUUGACUGGGCAUGCCCUUAAAAGGAAUUUAAAUUUCCCACUGUGGACCUUAAAGAAUCAGGGAAUUUUGUUUGUUAAAUUCUCUUUGGGAGAACAGAACUUCUCUUCCCUGACCACUUUAUUAUCUUUGAUUUUUUUCAAAGGGCCUCGAUUGGUGGUUGUGCCUCAGCUAGACUUUAUGGGACUUUGGUUGUUAUAUAGUGGGCAUAUAUAAAGCCUGAAGUAUACUAAAUAAAGUUAUUUAUUUAAAUAUA